GCGCGAGGCGGAAGCCGGGGUGUAGGUCGGAAUCGGUGCUGGGGCGUCCCGGGCGCGCGUUCCCUCGGUGGCCGCCGGGUCCCAAGGUGGCCGCCCCUCGGCUAGCCGCCCCACGCCACCGGACGGGGAGACCGGAGACCUGGCCAAGAGCUUAGAAGGGUAGAGGGAAAAGAUAUUUUUCCUCCCCUACAGUUUCCAGUGACCAUGAAGGGAUGGCUGGGACACCCCGCUUGCUCCAGAGCCUACAGGUGGGACUUUGGGAAAAUGGACAGAGGUCAAUGAAAGGAAUAGUUGUAUUUGUUGUAUUUUCAAAAAUAUAUCUAGUUGUGGGAGGAGCUUUCCACUGCCCUGCUCAUGCUGCCAUCUUGGCUCCUCCUGGCUCAGGGUCAAGAAAUUGGAGCAUGGCUGUUAACAAUGGGAGCAACGAUUUUGUAGUUCUGAGUAAUGGCAGCAUUGCAAAUGGUGCUACCAACCCUGUGCCACUCACCUCCUGGGAAGGAGACCUUGCAGCCUGGCAGCCUGACUCCCAGGAGGCACCAAGAACAAAAGUGAGUCCCAAUGGGUGCCUGCAAGUUAAUGGCACAGUGAAGCCAUCCCUGCUACCUUUAGACAACCAAAGAGUGCCUCAGAUGUUACCCCACUGCCACCAUCCUUGCCCAUGCCGCCACCCUUUGCCUAGCCAUGGCAGGUACCAGGAGAGCCUUCCCGAUGCUAGCUUGGCAGUGCCUUUGGCUUUGUGCUGCGUGCAGCCGACCCCACAGCACUCUGCAGCUCUCCGCCCAAGCUGCUCACCUGUGUAUCAGACUGUGUGCUGUCUACAGACCUCUUCCCCCUUCUGCCUGCACCAUCCGUGGCCUGGCCAUUCACAGCCUCAGCCUGUGCAACAGCUCACAGCCAUUGUAAGACCUUCCAGAUCUUUCAAGUUACCAAAAAGCUACGCAGCCCUGAUAGCCGACUGGCCCGUGGUGGUCUUGGGCUUGUGCACUGUGCUCAUUGUGGUCUGCGCCCUGGUGGCAGUGUUAGUGCCAGAGCUUCCGGACUUCUCUGACCCAUUGCUGGGUUUUGAACCAAGAGGGACUGCAAUAGGCCAGAGACUGGUCACAUGGAAUAACAUGGUGAAAAACACAGGAUACAAAGCAACAUUGGCAAAUUAUCCCUUUAAAUAUGCAGAUGAGCAAGCCAAAAGCCAUCGAGAUGAUCAAUGGUUGGAUGAUCAUUAUGAAAGAGAGAAAAGAGAAGUUGACUGGAACUUCCACAAAGACAGCUUUUUCUGCGACGUCCCAAGUGACCGAUAUUCCAGGAUAGUGUUCACUUCAGCUGGAGGGGAGACAUUAUGGAAUUUGCCUGCCAUUAAAUCAAUGUGCAAUGUAGAUAAUUUAAGGAUCAGAGCCCACCCCCAGUUUGGUGACCUCUGUCAGAGGACCUCUGCAGCAUCCUGCUGCCCCAGCUGGACGCUGGGGAACUACAUUGCCAUUCUGAAUAACAGGUCGUCCUGUCAGAAAAUUGUGGAGAGGGAUGUUUCUCACACCCUGAAGCUGCUCCGGGCCUGUGCCAGACACUACCAGAACGGCAGUCUGCAGCCAGACUGCUGGGACACGGUGGCCCGACGGAAGGACCAGCUCAAGUGCACCAGCGUGCCGCGCAAGUGCACCAAGUACAACGCCGUGUACCAGAUCCUUCAUUACCUGGUGGACAAGGACUUCAUGAGCCCACGGGCAGCCAGGUCGGUGCCAGCUCUGCGGUACAGCAUGCUCUUCUCACCCACUGAGAAAGGUGAGAGCAUGGUCAGCAUUUACAUGGACAAUUUCGAAAACUGGAACUCCUCUGAUGGUGUGACCACCAUCACCGGGAUUGAAUUUGGUAUCAAGCACAGUCUGUUUCAGGAUUACCUUCUGAUGGACACUGUGUAUCCCGCCAUCGCCAUGGCUGUCGUCCUUCUGGUCAUGUGUGUCUACACCAAGUCCAUGUUCAUCACUCUGAUGACAGCGUUUGCAAUCGUCAGUUCCUUGAUCGUGUCCUAUUUUCUCUACCGUGUAGUAUUUAACUUCGAAUUUUUUCCUUUUAUGAACCUCACUGCACUCAUUAUUUUGGUUGGAAUUGGGGCAGAUGAUGCAUUCGUCCUGUGCGAUGUUUGGAACUACACCAAGUUUGACCAGCCGCAUGGUGAAACCUCGGAGGCAGUGCGCACCUCCUUGCAGCACGCGGCCCUGUCCAUGUUCGUCACCAGCUUCACCACGGCAGCUGCCUUUUAUGCAAACUAUGUCAGUGACAUCACAGCCAUCAGGUGCUUUGGGGUCUAUGCGGGCACAGCUAUCUUGGUGAACUAUGUUUUGAUGGUCACGUGGCUUCCAGCGGUGGUGGUCCUGCACGAGAGAUAUCUGCUCAAUAUAUUCAGUUGCUUCAGAAAGCCCCAGCAGCAGGUGUAUGGCCCCAAAAGCUGCUGGACCGUGGCCUGCCAGAAGUGCCACCAAGUGCUUUGUGCCAUCUCAGAAGCAUCUCGAGUCUUCUUUGAGAAAGUGCUGCCAUGUGUUGUCAUCAAGUUUCGCUACCUUUGGCUGCUCUGGUUCCUUGCCCUGACCGCAGGCGGGGCCUACAUCGUGUGUGUGAAUCCAAAGAUGAAGCUGCCCUCCUUGGAGCUGUCUGAGUUCCAGGUGUUCAGGGCAUCUCACCCCUUUGAACGGUACGAUGCUGAGUACAAAAAGCUCUUCAUGUUUGAACGCGCUCACCAUGGGGAGGAGCUGCACAUGCCCAUCACGGUGGUCUGGGGCAUAUCCCCGCAGGACAAUGGCAAUCCCCUGAACCCCAAGAGUAAGGGGCGGCUGACCUUAGAUAGCAGCUUUAACAUUGCUAGCCCAGCUUCCCAGGUCUGGAUUUUGCACUUCUGCCAGAAAUUGAGAAAUCAAACCUUCUUCUACCAGACUGAUGACCAGGACUUCACCAGCUGCUUCAUUGAGACCUUCAAGCAGUGGAUGGAGAACCAGGACUGCGAUGAGCCUGCCCUGUACCCAUGCUGCAGCCACUGGAGCUUCCCCUACAAGCAGGAGGUUUUUGAGCUGUGCAUUAAGAGAGCCAUCAUGGAGCUGGAAAGGAGUACAGGCUACCAUUUGGACAGCAGAACCCCAGGGCCAAGGUUUGAUGGCAACGAUACCAUCAGGGCAGUAGUGCUAGAGUUCCAAAGCACCUACCUCUUCACACUGGCUUACGAAAAGAUGCACCAGUUUUAUAAAGAAGUGGACGCAUGGAUUUCCAGUGAGCUGCGCUCUGCCCCCAAUGGCCUUGGCAAUGGCUGGUUUGUCAGCAGCCUGGAGUUCUAUGACCUGCAGGACAGCCUCUCAGAUGGCACCCUCAUUGCCAUGGGGCUGUCUGUGGCUGUUGCAUUUAGUGUAAUGCUGCUCACAACAUGGAACAUUGCCAUAAGCCUCUAUGCUAUCAUGUCAAUAGCUGGCACCAUAUUUGUCACUGUUGCUUCUCUCGUCCUGCUGGGCUGGGAGCUAAAUGUUUUGGAGUCUGUCACCAUCUCAGUGGCAGUCGGUUUAUCCGUAGACUUCGCCGUCCAUUAUGGGGUCGCCUACCGCUUGGCCCCAGACGCUGACCGCGAGGGGAAGGUGAUCUUCUCUCUGAGCCGUAUGGGCUCCGCCAUUUCCAUGGCUGCUCUGACCACCUUUGUGGCUGGGGCCAUGAUGAUGCCAUCCACGGUGCUGGCCUACACCCAGCUGGGCACCUUCCUGAUGCUCACCAUGUGUGUCAGCUGGGCUUUUGCCACUUUCUUCUUCCAGUGCCUGUGCCGGUGCCUUGGGCCGCAGGGCACCUGUGGUCAGAUCCCCUUACCUGAGAGGCUCCAGUGCAGCACCUUCUCACCUGCCUCAUCUCGACAUCCUGGAGACAAGGGGCAGAGCAAAGCCUGUGCUGUGAGGGCCUUUCAUUUAGAUCCCACAGGCCAAAAGUCUGAAAUACAGCCUGAGUUUUACCAACUGGAGCCACUGGCAUCCCACAGCUGUGCUGCCUCUGAGAACACAAACACGUAUGAAGAGACCCGUAUGCGCUCUGAGCUUAACAGCCCGGUGAGGCGUUCAGGGUUGCCUCAACUCAUGGCUUACAAGGGCCCCACUGACAAGGCUGGCUCCACCUCACUACAGCCCCCUGCUGGGCAGCAUGCCAGGUGUCACUCCCCUGUGAAUCCGAGACUAAGCUGCCCAAAUGCCUGCAGACAUUUGACGUGCGGUCCACACUCCUGCCAGCAGCCGGGGGAUAGCAUGUGCCAUCAGUGCACUCCUACUGUGGGCAGCUUCCUGCCUGUCCCAGACAGCAUGGCACCCCUGAGAGCCUCAUACCAGGUCCCUGAGGCCGUCGUGCCUCCCAUCCCACAUAUGCACCCCUGCCUCUGCCUACAGGCCAGAGCGAGACUGCCCGGGAGGGAGAAUCCCCCACCUCGGGGUUUCUUCCUCCAGCCAGUGCAACACUCUCAGGUCCAACAAAACACUGGUAAGCCCAGUAUCCACAAUCUUCAGAGCACAGAGGAGCAUCUUCCGAAGGUGUCAGAGUUGUCAUUUGUCAGCAGAAGUGCUGGAUCUUUACCAAAAGCAUGCUGUGAUCCUGAGAAUAACCAAAGGGCACUCUGUAAAAAUAGAGAUGCAGGGACUUUGGAGGUCUGUGGCAGGGCCAAGAGUAAGGAUGGCAGAUUCGUGAGUCAGCACAGUAAGGCGGGGAGGGAAGCUGAGCCUGGCCUGGCACAGACCGACGGGGUGGUGAACUCAGAACAUUUAAGUCAGGGUGAACCAAGGUUUACAUUUAACCAUUUACUAGGGGAGGCUGGGUGCAGGUCCUGCCCAGACAACCCGCAAAGUUGCUGCAGAAUCGUGAGAGGGAAGUGCAAUUCUGUGGACUGCCAAACGCCAGACACCGAUGCCAGCGUGCCUGCAGUGGUAACACACUCAGAACUUUCUGGUGGCAGUUUGUUAAUAAAAACACUUUAAUAAAUACAGUAUUAAAUUAA